CACGAGGCGCGCGCGUGCGCGUGCGUGUGCGUGGUGUGGCGUGGUGCUAACGCGUGUCGCGUGCGUUGGCGCAGGAGACGGCUGAGAGCGGCUUCGCCGGCGUCACUGCCGGCCUGGGCCACGGCCACGGCGGCAACGACCGCGUCGAGUUCCAGAUGCACGGCCAGCACGGCCCGCACACCUACAAGUGGGGCUACGACACCGGCAAGGGACACAAUCGUCAGUUCCGCUACGAGGAGCGCGACGCCCACGGCCAUGUCAAGGGCCACUACGGCUUCUACGACAAGCACGGCAAGCUGCAGGUGGUGAGCUACUCGGCCGAUCCCGAGCACGGCUACCACGCCGACGGCAACUUCGGCAAGCACAGCAUCGCCUAAGCAGAGCGCGGCGGGCGGCGAGGGAGGCGGCGGCGGCGGCGGCGAAGGGAAACCGAAAACAAAGCGGCGUUGGAGACACGCCGUCGCGUCGUCGUGGUCGCCGCUAGCCGCCGUCACCGCCACCGCCUCUCUCGCGCUUAUCCGCAGCAGCCCGUCACGGUGACUGACCGCGGGACGAGCUGCCUCGGAAAACGAGAGCGCCGCCGUCGCUACCACCGCCAUCGCCACUGCCACCGCCGCUACCGCCGCCAUCGCCGCCGUCGCUUUCCCCGCGGCGUGGGCCAACACGGCGCGGCG